AUGGGCGUGAAGGUGUUGCAGUGUUUUCCUUGGUCCUGGAGAAAAAAGGAGCGAAAAACUAAACGGAGUGAAGAAAGUAAGUAGGGAGGUGGUUAUAAUGAAAUACUCUGCUCUGUCAGGGGAACAAUGUACUGUCUGUCAGGGGGACAAUAUGCUGUCUGUCAGGGGGACAAUGUACUGUCCGAGGAACAAUGCACAGUCAGGGGAACAAUGUGCUGUCUGUCUUAGGAACAAUGUGCUGUCUGUCUUAGGAACAAUGUACUGUCUGUCUUAGGAACAAUGCACUGUCAGGGGAACAAUGUGCUGUCAGGGGGACAAUGUACUCAAUGUACUGUCAGGGGGACAAUGUACUCAAUGUACUGUCAGGGGGACAAUGUACUCAAUGUACUGUCAGGGGGACAAUGUACUGUCAGGGGGACAAUGUACUCAAUGUACUGUCUGUCUGAGGAACAAUGCACUGUCUGAGGAACAAUGUGCUGUCAGGGGGACAAUGUACUGUCUGUCUGAGGAACAAUGCACUGUCAGAGGAACAAUGUGCUGUCAGGGGGACAAUGUACUGACUGUCAGGGAGACAAUGUACUCAAUGUAUUGUCAGGGGGACAAUGUACUGUCAGAGUAAAGAAACUGUCUGCUCAAAUAAUGGGAAUUGUAUGAAGCAAAUCGGGAAAGAGUAGAACAAAGAGAGACACUGACCAGAGGACAGAGAGUGUAUGGAGCAAAGAGGGACACUGACCAGAGGACAGAGAGUGUAUGGAGCAAAGAGGGACACUGACCAGAGGACAGAGAGUGUAUGGAGCAAAGAGGGACACUGACCAGAGGACAGAGAGUGUAUGGAGCAAAGAGGGACACUGACCAGAGGACAGAGAGUGUAUGGAUCUAAGAGAGACACUGACCAGAGGAGGGAGUGUAUGAUGGGAGAUAAUCAGUGCUUAGAGGGAGUAUGGAGCAAUAGGGCAGACUAAUUGUAGAAAAUGGAGUGUAUGGAGCAAGAGCAGGGUAUGUAGGAAGAUGUAUAUGGAGCAGAGUCAAUAAAUGUGAGUGGGCUUUAGGGAGAGUAAAUGUAUAGAACUGAAAACAAAGCUGUUUUCAGUGUGUAGGGUGAAUAUUGUUGUCCUCACACCUGUCUGACCUCUUCAUCUUCCUUGUCCAUUAUAUCAGCUGCUCCUCAAGCUCCCCCUCCAGAGAAGCCAAAACUCCAGUCCACCUCAUCAGUGACCAGUGAUACGGACUCACAUCAGAAAAGUGCUUACUUCAGCGGAAAAGCCAGAGUGUCCUUUCGUCACCAGAUGGAUUCAGCCAUGUUUGCCAAUGACUCUACCUUCUGA